AUGCCGUAUCUUCUUCAGGAGGUGAAAGAUGAAGGGGACUUUGACGAGAUGCUGGGUAUGCUGCAUACUGCGUUUGAGGAGCGUUACAAUCCUCUGCACCAUUGGUUCAUGCCUGUUUACACGACAACUGAAGACACAAUUCAAGCGACGAAGCAAAGGAUUGUAAAACACUGGAGGCACGAUGAUAAUCUUUUCUGGUUUAAAGUCACGGACACGGAGACGGGGAAGAUCGUGGGGGUAGCGGAAUGGGUGAUACGUGAGAGGAUCACCCAUCCGGGAGAGCCGCAAAAGCCCAUCGAAGCCCAAUGGCAUCCAGAAGGAUCCGACGAGAGGAUCUUUACAGGGAAACUGAUGACCAGCCUCAGAGGCUUCACGAAGGAGAGGAUGACACGACCACAUGUUGGUGAGUCGGAUGAUUCAAGCGUAGGAAAGUAA